CUCUCUUGCUGCCUGCUGUCUCUCUUCCUUCCUGCCCUGGGAGCCAAUCUGCUACAACACACUCUCUCUCCAUCCCUUUAUCCAUCCCCUGUUAAAGUCUAUGUGGGGGUAUUAUGGAUGGAUGACCAGGAAUGAUGGAUGGAGUGAAUGGAGGUGUUGAUGGAUUGAAGUGGCCUUUUUUUUAUGAACAAGCCCUGAUGUUGAGGGGGAAGAGAAGUGAAGCACAGGGCUCUUCAUCAUUUUUGCACUCAUGCGCAUGUUUUCUCUUCACUCCAUAAUUCAUAUUUACCUCUCAAAUCAGUACUUCAGGCUGUAUCUAUUUGCAUAUGUGUCCUCCGUCAGAGGGCAGCAGAUGCUGUUAUGUGUGAAAUGUAACAUGGCAUGUUUGUUGUUUUUUUCACCAGAGUGAAUCACGGUGCGUUAUCAUUUACAAAUCAAUGGGUACACUCAUAUUCAUUUAUAAUUUAGUGAAUCAACAUCCUGGCGAUUUCAUACUGAAUCACUGAUGCUCUGCUUGGCUCCUGGCUCGCGGAUGUAUGUGGGAGUGAGCUAGAGAGAGAGUGAGAGUGAGAGAUGGAGGGAGGCUAAAAUCCCUAAUAAAAAAACCAACGGUAUUGGAGGGAGGGAGUUAUAGAGAGUGCGAGAGUGAGGGGAGAAACAGGGGAGAGAGAGGAGCGCCAAUGAGAGGAGGAGCGCCGUGAGAAAGCGUGAAAGGAGGGAUGAUAGAGAGAGGGGUUUCUGCCAAGAGCAGCCAUUGAGAGAGGAAGAGAGGGCGGGAGAAGGGGAUGAGAAGAGGAAAGAGGGCGAGGGAGUGUGUGUGUGCGUUCUAGCCGUCCAAACACGUGACAAAAGAGAUACAGACUUCAGCAUACAGGCGCGCUUGUUUCCACGACGACGACACCAAACAUGGGGGCUGUGGUGGGUACGCUGACCAUGCAGACCAAGACGAGGAGGCUGUCCAGGGACAAAUGUGAUGACGACUUGGAGAUGACCAUAGUGUGCCAUCGACCGGAGGGCCUCAACCAGCUGGAAGCGAUAACCAACUUCAACAAAAGAGAGCUCCAAGUGCUCUACAGGGGCUUUAAGAAUGAGUGUCCAAGUGGCGUCGUAAAUGAGGAAACCUUCAAGCAAAUAUACUCCCAGUUCUUUCCACAUGGAGAUGCCAGCACCUACGCACACUACCUGUUCAACGCGUUUGACACAGCAAACAGCGGCUCUAUAAAGUUUGAGGACUUUGUGACAGCUCUGUCGAUCCUGCUGAGGGGCUCCAUCACUGAGAAGCUCCAGUGGACCUUCAACCUAUACGAUAUCAACAGAGAUGGAUACAUCAACAAAGAGGAGAUGACAGACAUCGUCAGAGCGAUAUACGACAUGAUGGGGAAGUACACUUACCCUGUCUUGAAAAACGAUGCACCCAAACAGCACGUGGAGGCCUUCUUUCAGAAAAUGGACAAAAACAGAGACGGUGUGGUCACUCUGGAUGAAUUCAUCCUCUCUUGUCAAGAGGAUGAAAACAUCAUGAGGUCUCUACAGCUCUUUGAAAAUGUCAUCUAGACAACAAAGAAGAGGGAGACGGCGCAAUAGACGAAAGCACAGACCGAGAUAGAGAUGGAGAAGGAGAGAUGAACAUGCAAGAGAAAAGGAACAGCAUAGCUUGCCAUUGAAAUGAAAAAUUGGAUCUUGUCGCUCUGUGACGGUUGCCACACAACUUCAUAGAAGGCAUCUUGCUGUAACACAUCUGUGGCGACAAACAUUUUGGAAAACGCCCUUUGGACUUAAACCCUUUAUUUGACGUCUCUGUAACCAUUUACCUCGUCUCCAUCUCCCUUCUUUGUUGCUGUCGCCUCAGACAGUGCGCAUUUCAUGGCAUUGUGUAAAUACUGAUUCCCCUAACAUUUGGUCCAAUACUUUUCUGAAACGUGUAAAUUGAACCGUAUUAUCAAGCAGGACUGGAAUUCCCAGAAGCAGCUUAGCAGUGAGAUCAACCCAAUGCAUACUUUGGUGCAUUAGAGGCUUACGUAGUAGCUGUUUUCAUCAUGAAUUUCUGUGUCAAUACAACAAACGUGAGCAAUAUUGUGAAGCAUGCAAGACAGAGGCCUAUUUAACGUGUAUGUGCCGUAAAACAAACUUGGUGGCAAUAUACUCCGCUAAGUGCAUACAUUUGGGAAGGCCAAGGUCUGAGUGUAGCAUCUCACUGAGCCACCUCAUCAGGCCUGUUAAGGUUUGUAGAGCUGAAUUCAACCUCAGCCAGCUUGCAGUCUUUUGUCUCGUGGCAGCUUGCAACAGUCCUUUUUACACCUAUUGUGUGUGUGUUCCAGUGGUGUCCGUCAGUGUUUCAAUGUUGUAACGACUCGACUGUAGAUAUUUAACUGUUGUAUUUGUGGCCUCUUAAUGGCGUGUGGAAUUAUUCAUGUCUUGUCUGCGUGUUUCUGAUUCUGUCUAUCUGUCUAUCUUUCUGUCAAAUUGGAUACAACUAAUUAUUCUACAUGACACUCAUUGUUAAAUAAAUAAAGAGUCCAUUUAGUGGUUUACUGGCAUACAGAUGCAGAGUUACACAGGGACGUGCAUGUGUUUAUUUGUGUGGUUUUGUUGUCCUAAAGUUUACGUUUGCCUGCAUAUAAGUGUUUUUUUCCUAGCAUGUAGCUUCAUCUCGGGGACACCACAAUCAGUCCAGCUCAACUGGCCGUGUUUCCGCCAGAGAGGAGAGUUUCGUCGUCAGUUCUCUCUGUUAAAAAUGUUGACCCGGAGCGACCAGCCUUUCACUGUGAGGGAGCGACAGGAGAGGGGAGCUAGGAGGGAUUGUGGAGAAAGAUUAGAGGAAGAUGAGAGAGUAAGACAGAAGACGAGAGAGACCUUGUCACUGAAUCUGAAGGAAUGGAAGCCAUGUUUCGAACAAGAGCCAUCGUUUUGAAGAUUGAGCAGGAAAUACAGAUUUAUAAAUGAUAUACUGUCAUGCCCACUCACUGUGCUACCAAUAGUGUAAUAAAAAUCCUUGCUGAGACGUGCUCAUCUCAAAAGUACCCAGACACACUUCAGAUAGACUGACAGACAGGAAGACAAACAGAUAGACAUCUUAAAACUGUCAGAAUGAAAUAAUGUGUGUAUUGAAAUAUUGUAUAAAAUCAUUAUAUUUAUCAAUAAACUUUGCAAGAAACAAAA